CUCCACAUUUACUGAUGCAACACUAGACACCGGUUUACCGAUAUUAGUCUGUCUCACGUGCUGUGGUUGUAGUAGCACAAUCAGCUUAGUGAAGGACCCCUUUAGUUGAAAAGCGUGUCAUUUUAGUGUGUCUACAAGAGUGGAGCCCGGCUAACGCUAGCUUUAGCCCCAUGAUGCUCCAGGAUGGCUCCACGCAGCUCCUUUGCCUCACAGCCAGCAGCGGGGUCCCUCUGUUCACCAGAGGAGCCCACAAACAGCUGCCCUUCUCUGUCAUCGGCUCUCUCAAUGGCGUCCACAUGUUCGGUAGUGGUCAGGGAGCAGUGUUGUCCUGCUGCGAGACUGAAGGCGGGGGUAAGGUGGUGUGGAGAGUCUUCCAGGACAGUGUGAUGCUCAUCGCUGUGAGUGGAGGUGGAGGUGGACGUGGGGGUGCAGGCAGCAGCAGCAGCAGCAAAGAGGAAGAGUACCAUUUACAACGCCUCCUGGAGAAUGUGUGGAACUGCCUGGUGCUGGUGCUGGGGCAGGAUGAACUGGUCAAUGUCCGGAAUGUUGAGAGGCUGAAGAGGGAUUUGCGGUCCUGCUUCUGCCUCAUUGAUCAACUGAUGGAAGAGAAACAAGAGGGCAUCCUGGGUAACCUAACGCACUGUGCUGAUUCACUGAUGCCCCCGAACCCUGUGCUUCUCCAAGAGACCCUGCAGGGCUUUGCUCAGGCUGCAGACAGUGAAUUUGGCUGCCUUAUAGUCCACGGACGGAUAGCUGCAGCAACUGAGAAGUGGUGGCGUCUAGCCCCGCAAGAAGUUGUGCUGCUUUCUGCUUUAAUGCGCUCCCUCUCGACCUCUGGUUCAGUCUCUUGUGAUUACCCCGUCUUCCUUCCUCAAGGCAGCCCCACCGUGGCUCACCGUCUACUCCGCUUCCAGCUUCUCCCUGGGGCAGAUGUGUGUGUGCUGUGCGGACCGACCCCUUCUCUGCACAGAGCCGAGAGUGGGCUGGUAGGCCGUUUCUGGACACCCCUGGUGGAGCACUUGAGAGACUGCCUAGCUGUUGGAGAGCGCUGUCUACCAGGAUCUGUAUCCCUACGCCCUGAUGUCCUGGCACUUUUCCUCAUCAACCGCGAAACCCGUCGCUCAGUCUCAUGUGUUCGCACUCCCACCAAUCAUUCCCACAGUGACCUUCCAUUGCCCUCAAAGCCCAGGUGCUGGGAGCUCUUGAAGCUCUUCUACAUCUUCAGCACCACACGCUACUUCACGCAGGAGGAGACUGUGUGUGUUUCCCCAGAGGAGAGGGCUCAGAGGAGCAACACUGACAACUUUAUCCUUGGAUUCACUCACCAGCCGCUGCAGUGCUAUCUUGUUACAGAAGAGUGCAAAAGCUUUGGACUUCAGACACAACAACACCAGCUCUUCCUGCUUGUCCCACUGUCAGUGCCCACCUUUGCAUUACGCACCAUGGCCACACAAACACUCUCUGACAUAGUUGCAGCCACUGGGUUUUAAUUAGAUUAUUAUCUUCUUCACAAGAGCUUGAAUUUCAAUGAUGUCAUUGUUGUCUAUUGAUUAACAAGUCAGCAGAUAUCUACUGACAUUUAGAUUGAUCUCAUAUCCUUUUUGAUGAACGCAAACAUGCACUGUCAUGAUGAGAGGUAUAAAGACUCACAUGUGCUAACUACUCUAAAACUAAUGGAAACACAAAUAUGAAAACAUCAGAAAAUUUACCAAAGUAAAGUGCUUUAAGUUUUGUUUGCAUUCAUCAGCAAAGUCACUGUUGAGUCUAACUUCACUGGAGUCAAGGCUAGUCUUGUAGCAGCACUUAGCUUACGUUGAACUAAAGGAACACCAACUUUUUUGCUGGGAGUGUACUGUGAUUCAAAAACCUUAGAGUCAUGAAAAAUCUUUGUUACACUGGGAUGAGUACUGAGUACUGCUCUGGUUGAUUUUGACAUGUUGAAUACUAGUGUUGAAUGGUAACUUUCUCUGGGUGUCUGUGUAUUGGAUUGGUUUGUUCACAAUUGUACUUUUUCUAAUGUGAACAAUAAAAGAACACUGCUUAGGUUAUAUUUGUUGAAUGUCCAUCACCAGCUUAACCCCAAAAAACUGUUAACCAUUUACCUAACAUGAAGACACAACAGCAACCAAAGUGUUCUUAUGCUUUAUU